UGUGUUGGUGAUCAGAACAGUUGGGGGUCAUGAGGAGGCCUGAACACAGCGGAUCGGUCGGUCUGCAGGAACGGACGGAGAACGGGUUCCUCUGAGGAAACGCAGAUUCACUGAGGAGGAUCCAGCAGCAGGAAGCUUCGGUAAACGCUGAGGUUUAGUACGGAGGCCUCAGAGGGUCAGUCAGGAUGCUGCAGCUGUGUAAAGUCACCAAGGCUCUGUUCAUCAGCAACGCCCGCUCAGCCUGCAGCGACGACCUCAUCCAGCAGGAGGCGGUGACGCUCUGCAUCAACGUGUCCAAGCAGCAGCCGUUCCCGACCAGCAGCGGCGUCACCAGGAUGCAGAUCCCCGUCUACGACGACCCCGCCGAGGAUCUGUACCGUCACUUUGACCGCUGCGCCGACGCCAUCCAGAAGGAGGCCGACCGCGGCGGGCGCAGCGUGGUCUACUGCAAGAACGGGCGCAGCCGCUCGGCCGCCAUCUGCACGGCCUACCUGAUGAAGCACCGCAGGCUGACGCUGGCGGAGGCCUUACAGAGGGUGAAGACGGCGCGGCACGUCGUGGAUCCGAACCCCGGCUUCAUGUCUCAGCUGCAGCGAUACGAGGAGGAGCUGAGGAAGAGGAGGGGAGCGUCCUGAUGAAGCUGCUGAAA